AGAUCCUGUCUUCCGCGCGUUGAAUUAUACAGCGCUUGAUUUCGGUGUUCAGCUGUAUUAUCGCGCUGACUUCUUCAGUUUUCGAUCCAUUUUCCAUAUAGGCCAAGAAAACAAGAACGGUUAUUCUUACGCAGAUAUGUCGUCGUUCAAGGAAGACAUCAAUUCGUCCUUGUACGGUCACCUGGAUUUCAAUGUCAGUGAUGAUGAAAUCGGCCUUCAUCAAGGACCAUCGUUCAGUCAGAACUGGAUGGAAAGGAAUUUGAUUUGGAAGUUCCGGGUCUGGCACAUCAUCUUUCUCUCCUUUGGUGGAUUGUUGUCUGUUGUAAUUCUGAUCUGCUGCUUCAUACCUUUCCGGAUCCCAAGAACUAAACAAGAGAUUGAGGCUGAUUCACAUCGACGCAAAAUUGCAAAUAAAUUCAAGAAAAAGUUGGAAAUGCUUUCAAAAGAGGACCUUGAGGAGCUAAACCUUAAGAAAGGCAUUUCUCUGCAGGAUUUCACCGUGGAAAAGGUAUUGGAGAAGCGCAAGAAGUCUCAAACGGAGGACAGUGCAUCUUCGGAUGGUCGUAAACCGUUCCACGCCGACUUGACGUAUGGCAUAGGCUGUGUCCCGCGCUCUCAGCGCCGCUUUUGGAGUCAAGUCAAGCCAAGUCGGUGGACGACGAAACAUUUAAAGAUUAAAGCCGUGUAUGAUGUGACGAAUCCUGCUUUCGCACCCGUGAAAUUGAAGUUGCGGCCCGGGGAAGUUCAAAUCGAUUCGUUUGCCCCAGUUGAAGAUACGAAGGGCAAUGCUGGCGAUGCUGGGAAGCUGAUUUUGACAAAUCUUCGAGUAAUGUGGCAUUCCAUUGCCCACCCGCGGGUCAACCUAUCUAUCGGGCACGACACUGUUGUGCAUACCAGCGCUAGAACCAUCAAUUCUGUAUUGGGAGGAAUAACUCGAGCGGUGUAUAUCUUGACAAAAGUUCCCGGUGGCACCAGAUUUGAAUUCAUUUUCAAUGCUAUUGGAUAUUGCGGGGAGAGGAUGCUGGAUGCCAUUACGGGUGUCCAAAAAUCGUACAACUCGUCGAAAGUGUACCGCGAGCUCAAACUCCGCACGGCGCUUUUUGAAAAUAAAAGGUUGAAGCUGGGAAAUCUCGGCACGCUGAUAUUGACGAACAUACGUCUUCUGUGGUAUUCUGAACUGAAUGAACUGUUCAACCUCUCGCUACCUUAUCUGAAGUUGGCCACAGUUCGUGUGCGAGAUUCGAAAUUCGGCAGGGCACUCGUAGUUGAAACGUCUUCAAGCUCUGGUGGUUAUGUGCUUGGAUUUCGUAUUGAUUCACCAAACGGCUCCAGCUCUUCAGAAGUUUUGGAGGAGAAGGUGCGAGAAAUAACUGCUUUGCGGGAUUCUCAUGGAAAAUGCCCCGAUUUUGGCGUGCGCUAUGAAACGUCGAAGAAGAACACUGACAUGACUGAUGAUCACAUGGGAAACAGAGAUGUGGACGAUGCAGAUGUGGUCGAUGACCAAGAAGAAUCGGAUUCGUUUGCGGCUUACUUCGCUGACUUAGGCGGGAAGCAGUCUGAUCGUGAUCCCAUAUAUGAUCCUGAUCUCGGCCUCGCCGUGGAAAGACUCAAAGAUGGCUUUACCCUCGAGUCUCUAUGGAAUGUGUCAUCAUUAUCCAGUACCAUUGAUUGAGUUUUCAUCUCUUUCUACAUCUAGUCGGUGUGACUCCUGAUCUAAGGGCAUUGUAACAUUUCAGGCACGAAUCCUUUUUUAUCCGUGUUCGUUGUUUACUGUGAAGUGUUCUGCACAGUCUAUCGACUGCCAUGUUACAAUUGUGAUGAGACUUAUGCUGUGGUGCACUGCGAGAUUCAUGAAGGUUUUGCUAGUUCACUCGAUAUCAAGGACGAGUAUUUCACGAUGUUACAA